CCCAGGUGGAGCUGACGGGCAGUAGUGUGUUUGACUACAUCCACCCAGCUGACCACGUGGAGAUGGCCGAGAGGCUGGGCAUCAGGCCACACCUACGGGCGGAGGCAGGGUGCCAGGUGACCAAUGAGAGUGCUUCCAGCUCAGCCUCCACACCCUCAUUGGCUGGGACCCCAGAACCAGGCCCGUCCAGUCCCCUGACCCCUGCUGAUGAACUCCUGGAACGCGGCUUCUUCAUCCGCAUGAAGUCCACCCUCACAAAGCGCGGGCUCCACGUCAAGUCUUCCGGCUACAAGGUGAUCCACGUGACGGGUCGGAUUCGCUGUCGCCCGGCGCUGGUGCCUAGCUCCGGCCGCUCGCUGCACCGGCCGCUGGGAUUGGUGGCGCUGGCUCACACGCUCCCGCCCUCCACCCUCAACGAGGUGCGCAUGGAGAGCCAGAUGUUCGUCUGCCGGGUCAACAUGGACCUGCAGGUCACCUACUGCGAGAACCGGAUCUCUGAGUAUAUGGACCUGAGCCCUGCGGAGGUGGUGGGGCAGACCUGCUACCAUUUCAUCCACGUGGAGGACCUGGAGAACAUCAGGCAGAGCCACGAAGACUUGUUGCGUAAGGGCCAGGUGGUGACGGGUUACUACCGCUGGCUGCAGAGGAGGGGGGGCUACCUGUGGGUCCAGUCCUGUGCCACCGUCUCCAUCAACCACAAGGCGCCCCACGAGCGCAACAUCAUCUGGGUCAACUACGUCCUCAGUCGUACUGAGCUGCCUGACAUGGCGUUGGAUUUACUACAACUCCCAGAAGGCCUCAGGGCAGAACGACUGGAGCGUGCCAGCUCAUCCCCUCAUAACAUCUCCCCAAAGGCUCCAGGCGCUCUGAAAGCAGGCAAACUGGAGUCGGAGCUGAAACAAGCCUACGCCCACCCGCCUUCCAGCCAAUCAGAGGAGAGGAGGAAGAGGCCGCGUCGACACAGCCCCUCCCCCGACGGAGCCCCUCUCGGAGCGCGGAGGCGCGUGCAGGAGUUCCGCCCGCGCGAGGAGAGCCCUGCCGUCUCCUCCGAACCCGGGAGCGAGAGCGAUGUGGAGGAGGAGGAGGAGGAG